AUGCCCCCUCGGACAGAAUCGAAGACGGGGUCUGAGAAACCUGCAAAAAAGACCAAGUCGUCUGGCUUCGGUGGGAGGAAGAAACUGAGCGCGUUCAAUAAAUUCAUGCAAACUGAGAUGGCCCGGUUGAAGGAGGAGGAACCCGACAUGUCCCACCAAGACAGGUUCAAAUUAGCCACGGCUAACUGGAAGACAGCAAAAGAAAACCCUAGGGCUGCUGCCUGA